AUGCGAAAUCGACCGGAACGGAGGAGUGCGCUAGUAGCUCGGAAACUGGCGCGCUACAAGGUGGACAUCGCCGCACUCAGGGAGACUCGGUUCUCCGAACAGGGGCAAUUGGAGAAGGUGGGUGCCGGCUACACCUUCUUCUGGAGCGACCGCCCCAGGGCAGAGCGACGGAACGCGGGCGUAGCCUUUGCCAGCCGGAAUUAUGUUGUGGGACGACUGCCUGUCUGCCUCCGCCUGCAUCUUCAGGAAGGCAAAUCCGCCACCAUCAUCAGCGCCUACGCUCCGCCGAUGACCAGCCCUGACGCCGCAGGAGAUAAAUUCUACGAAGACCUGCACGCACUCCUGGUGACUGUGUCGAAGGCGGACAAGUUGAUUGUCCUUGUUGACUUCAACGCCCGCGUCGGCACAAACCAUGACGCCUGGAGCGGAUUGCUAGGUCCACAUGGUCUCAACAGCCUGCCCUUCUAUAAUCCUGCGUCAAACACCAACUCAUCUCGACGAACGCCUUCUUGUGCCUCCUGUUGCGAGAGAAGGCCACCUGAAUGCAUCCUCGGUCGCGUCAGUGGCACCUGCUGGACUAUGUCUUCGUCCGAAGGCGAGACCGAGGGUGCGUGCUGGAGACAAAGGCGAUCAAGGGUGCCGAUGUGUGGACCGACCACCACUCGUCAUAUCGAAAUUGCCAACUUGCCUACAGCCUCUGAGAAGACUUCAAUGUAAGCGACCCAGAGGCAGGUUGAAUAUUGCCUUGUUGCCUUUGCCUGCUCUCCAUCUCCAUUUCGGCAAUGAACUAGCUCAACGGCUAGACAACCCUCCACUCGCUGCCACCGCUAACGACGACGCCUCCGUGGAGAACCGAUGGCGUCAACUGCGGGAGACAGUCCAGUCGAUGGCGCUAGCCGUCCUCGGUCGCGCACCCAGCCAACACCAGGACUGGUUCGACGACAACGACGCCGUCAUCAGCAAUCUGCUCGCCGAGAAGAACUGCCUACGCAAAGCUUACGUAGACCACCCCACUGACGACGACAGAGCUGCUUACUAUCGCAGUCGCCGCCUUGUAUAA